AUGGGCUACGGCGCCACCGAUUCAGACGAGCGGUCGCGGCCGCGCGACGACGACGAGUACAACAGCAGCAUUUACCUCAGCGAUGAUGAUGCUGCAAUUGUGCCCAAGGGAACCUUGGAUCCCGUCUAUGAGGCCAAAGCCCGACUUUUGAAUCGCGCUAUUCGUGACAUUGGCAUGGGAUGGUACCAAUGGCAGCUUUUCAUCGUCGUCGGGUUUGGCUGGGCAAGCGACAAUCUGUGGCCAAUUGUCACCUCACUCAUCCUGCCCGCCAUAUCCAACGAGUUCAACGUAUCGAGACCGCCGCUCUUCACACUUGCGCAAAACAUCGGUCUCCUGGCUGGGGCGGUAUUUUGGGGGUUCGGAUGUGACAUCUUUGGCCGCAAAUGGGGCUUCAACCUGACUCUAGGUCUCACGGCUGUCUGGGGAAUGAUUGCGGCCAGCGCUCCCAAUUUCGCCGCCGCCGGCGUCUUUGCUGCUCUGUGGUCGUUUGGUGUUGGCGGCAACCUGCCAGUUGAUUCGGCCAUCUUCCUGGAGUUCCUCCCGCAGUCGCACCAGUAUCUGCUCACCAUCCUGUCACUGGACUGGGCGCUGGCCCAGGUCAUCGCCAACCUGGUGGCGUGGCCGCUGCUGGGUAACUUGACGUGCGACGAGAAGGAGAAGCCCUGUCUUCGCAGUCACAACAUGGGCUGGCGUUACUUUGUCAUUGCCAUGGGGGGGUUGACUCUGCUCAUGUUCCUGGCCCGAUUUUUGCUCUUCACAAUCUACGAAUCGCCAAAGUAUUUGAUUGGCAAGGGACGAGAUGAGGAGGCUGUUCGUGUCAUCCACGAGGUAGCGAAGCGAAACGGCAAAACCAUCACCCUGACUCUCGAAGACAUCAGGGCUUGUGAACCGGAAGGCUAUGUCGCUCAGACAGAUGCAGCCGCAGCAGUGAAGCGACAUCUUGAAAAAGUCGAUGCCAAGAAAGUCAAGGUUCUAUUUGCUACCACGCGAAUGGCUCUCAGCACUAGUAUAAUGAUGACCAUCUGGGCGCUGAUUGGACUUGCGUACCCUCUGUACAAUGCCUUCCUUCCUUACAUCCAGGCGAGCAAAGGUGCACAGUUUGACGACGGUAGCACAUACAUCACCUAUCGAAACAGUCUCAUCAUUUCCGCCCUUGGUGUCCCAGGAGCGCUUCUGGGAGGUGUGCUGGUGGAGUUGCCCCGGAUCGGCCGAAAGGGCACGCUCUCGGUCUUCACGGCACUGACGGGCGUCUUUUUAUAUUGCUCUACUACGGCGCUGAACAGCACAUCUCUUCUUGGCUGGAACUGUGCAUUCAACUUUUGCAGCAAUGUCAUGUACGCGGUGCUGUACGGAUACACGCCCGAAGUCUUUCCUACUCCCCAACGAGGAACGGGCAAUGCUCUGACGGCGACUUGCAACCGAGUGUUUGGUAUCAUGGCGGUAAGUCACAUUUCGAAUGGGUGGAUUGGCAGUUGA